AUGGCUGGCAGAGGAGAACACAAGAGAAAGCGCUUGUCGCAAGCGACAGCCACCCCAAAAUCAGCUACCAAGUCUAAAAAAGAGCUCUCAUCGAAAUCAGAAACCAAGCCUAAGAAGCUCUCCACUCAAUUGCAUACCAAAGUCCCAGGAUUCGAGAUACCCUCAAAAAUUCUCACUCUGAAUCGGCUUAGCAAAGCCGCUGGUAUUACAACUAUCAACAACUUGCCACAGAACUGCCUUGGAUCUGGCAGUGACGUUACUCAAAAGCAAUUUGUGGCGCUCAGGAUCAUCUCUGUGCAAGAGAAAUUUAAAGAGAUCAAAUUUUUGGCGUACUGGAGGGACUGGGAUCUUGAUAGGUUAUCUAUUGAGGCUACAAGACUAGUCGACGAAUGCCCAGAGUUUCAAGCAUACCUCAGACUUAUCUCUACUUGCACGCCCGUAAGGACCGUUGAGAAACGCUCGUCGGACUGGCCAGGGUCUUUGAAGCCCGUGAAAGUAUUUCACGAGCAGAUCCUGAGAAAAAAGAACCAGGAAACUACUCAUUCGGAAGCACCCUUGAGGGAACUGCGAUCCGGAUCACGACCAACGGAAGCCAUUCAAGCCGCCAAUAGCGGUCGUCAAUCAGCAAUUCCAGACUUUAUGCAACGGACACCCGCCAAAAAGCCACCUGAAAUACAGCCGAGUGAAACAAAUUUCGAUUCCGACGAUAGCGAUGAGGCCUCGGAUGAUUCAGAUAAGACAUACGUUGAUCCGAGCGAGUAUCUCGUGGCAGUCAAGGAGACCACACCCAAUUCAGCUCUUAUCCUUCUGCUGCAAGCCACAUGUGACCUCGUUCUUGGGGUUCCCAUGGAGUGGACGUUAGAUCCCACACACUUCCGCCCAAAAUUUCGUUUGGGACAGUUCAAUGUUUAUACUGACGGUGCAUUGCGUUCCACAAAGGACGAAAGUGUUCUGAGUAUUGUCGAAGUGAAGAGAGAAAUGCGAGAGAAUAAUCCCGAAGCCGUACGGAUGCAGGAAGGGGUGGAAAUGGCGAGUUGGAUAUUGAGUGAGCGGAAAAAAAACCCAAGCCUGCAGAAACUUGUGAAAUAG